AUGAGGAAAGUUCACUGCGAAGAAAGUACACUUCGAGGAAAGCUCACAGCGAGGAAAUUUCGCAGCGAGGAAAGUUCACCGCGAGAAAUGUUCACAGCGAGAAAGGAAUAUCACAAUAAUGAUUUAGGAUAUGUGGAGCCUCACGCCUACCUGAGGCGGCCUGCCCAUCCGUCAGCCGAGCAAAUGAAAGAAAUUCUCUGGCGACUCUCUACAAAGCAGCUGAAAAGUAACGAGUGGAAAAAAUUAGCGCUCUAUUGGAAAUUUAAACCGGAACAUAUUCAAGCCAUUGAACACCAGUACAUAGGUCCCAACAGUUACAAAGAACACGGGUAUCGAUUGCUGAUAAUCUGGUUGCACGGAAUUAGAAAAGAUGAAAAUAUUAUGAAGUUACUCUUUGAAGCUUUAGUAGCUAUUGAUCGACGAAACCUCGCUGAGCAAAUUCGACGUAAAGUAACUCUUCACGGUCAAAAGACCUGUUCCCCAAUGGCUUGCAUGAUCACGUGA